AUGUUCGCGCCUGCGACGCCCGGACGGGGCAUGCGGCGCCCCUGGACGCCGGCACGUCGCGACGACGCACGGCAAGAGAAUGCACAAAAGAGUCCACAGGCCAUUGCGACAGGCAAUAGUGUUUUGAGCGCGGCAAAAGCGCUUGCGGCGAGUGCAGCGCCGAGCACCGCGCCGAACGCGGUGGCCAGCGUCGCUGCCCCCCCGCCCAAGCCGCCUGCGGCGCCGGCGGCACCGGCGGCGCCGAGCGCGAGCCCUGCGAAGGCGCCGUGGCUUGCGCGGCGGCCAGCGCCGAUGACGACCGCGACGGCACAGCGCCGUGUCUCGUGGAACUUGGCGAGUCUUGCGCUGCUCUAUAUCGUGCCGAGCGCGUGGCCCGGCAUUCUCGAUGUAUACUACGACCUGCUCGAGGCGCUCGUGCACACGGGCCGCCUGCCGGACGGCGCCGACGAGCUGCUGGAUGCGGUUCUGACGUGGCUGCGGUAUGCGCUCACCAUUGUCUUUGUGUUCAACAUGGCCGAGGCCCUGCUCAUGCGCCCCGCCCCCCCGCCGGUCGGCGAGCGUGCGACAGAAGUCGGCGCGGCAUUUGCGCGCAGCGUGUCGAGCGGCUCGCCGCUCACGCGCCCCGACCUCCCCCAGCGGCGGCACGUCUCUGGCGUGUCGGCCGUGACGCCCGCGACGCCGCAUGCGACGCCGCAGCGCACGCCUGGGCGCAGCGUCUCGCCGUUCCGUGCGUCGCCCUAUGCGCUGGGCCGCGGCCGGCCGUCCUCGACGCCCUUUUCGCAGCGCAGCACGUCUGGCACGCCGCGGCGCACGCCGUCGCACCGCGAUGCGUUUGCGGGCCGCAGCGUGAGCCGCACGUCGCCCGGCGUGCGGCGCUCGCCGACGAGCUCGAGGAUGUACGGGAAGUAG